GAAGGAGAGGAGAAGCGGGUGGUGGUUUCGUUUUGGAGCUCAAUAAAAUAGAAAAGGAAAGAGAUAAUCAUUUUCUUUGAAUCGCAAAAUUGGAGGAGGACAGAACAGGAGGAAAAGCUUUUUUAGCUGCAGAGUUGAAUUGAGUGAAAGCUAAGCAAUGGAGCCAAUGACGCCAAUCUCGUGCCCUACGACUCCUCGUUGGAAGAACCAAGACAGGCCGUUCCUCACUGGCCGCUUCCGCCAGGAAACGAGGGCAAGCUCCAGGUUUGCUGAUUCAAAGCGGUUUCCUUCAGACUCGUCUAGCAAUUGUGGAGUUGAUCAGGCAAUAGGCUGCUAUGACACACCGGUUCAGGAACUUAUUGUCAUCGAUGUUCUCUUGUCUGCGUUGGUUGGAAUUGAAGGGAGAUAUAUAUCAAUUAAAAGAUUCCAUGGGAAGGAGGAUAGUAUAGCUUUCCAAGUUGAUCCAUCGAUGCGAAUAAUUUUGCAGGAACAAGCAAAAAGAAUAUUCCCAUUGUGUGAAUGUUUUCUGCUGAUAGACCAAUUUGUGGAGUCAAGCUCACAGUUCAAGAAGGGGCUAGUUAACCAUGCAUUUGCAGCUGCACUCAGGGCUCUCCUUCUUGAUUAUCAAGCCAUGGUGGCACAAUUGGAACAUCAAUUUCGACUUGGAAGACUCUCUCUCCAAGGAUUAUGGUUUUACUGUCAGCCCAUGAUGGGAUCCAUGCGAGCAAAGCAUUUUGUGGGCUCCGGUGUGCUUAAUCUCUUGCAGAGUCAGGCUAAAGCGAUGGCUGGUGAUAACUCAGUAAGGUCAUUGUUAGAGAAAAUGACCGAGUGUGCAAGCAAUGCAUACCUGAGCAUAUUGGAAAGGUGGGUCUAUGAAGGGAUCAUUGAUGAUCCGUAUGGGGAAUUUUUCAUUGCUGAGAACAGAUCUCUUAAAAAGGAAAGCCUCAGUCAGGACUCGACGGCUAAAUAUUGGAGCCAAAGGUACAGCCUCAAGGAGACUAUUCCUGGCUUCCUUGCAAACAUUGCUGCAACAAUAUUGACCACAGGGAAAUAUCUAAACGCUAUGAGAGAAUGUGGGCACAAUGUUCAGGUAUGUUUGUGGAUAACAGCAGAUCUUUCCCUGCGCACCACAGCGGCUGCAGCAGAUCCUCGCCACGAGGACUUGACUUGUUGUGUGGAUCGAACUUCGUUGCUUAAGACUUUGGGAAUGCAGAAGGACACUGAUAGCAAUAGUAUUGAGGACCCAGUGAGCAUCACUGGUCUUGAAACAUUUUCCUUGAGCUACAAGGUUCAGUGGCCACUAUCUAUUGUCAUAUCAAAGAAAGCCCUAUCAAAGUACCACUUAAUUUUCCGCUUUUUGUUUCAUUGCAAACAUGUGGAACGUCAGCUUUGUGGUGCGUGGCAGAUACAUCAAGGUAUUCGGUCUAUGAACUCAAACGGUACAGCAAUAUGUAGAUCAUCGCUUCUCUGCCGUAGCAUGCUUAAAUUCAUCAGUAGCCUUCUACAUUAUCUUACAUUCGAGGUUCUGGAACCAAAUUGGCAUGUGAUGCAGGAUAGACUACAAUCCACAAGGAGUAUAUAUGAGGUGAUACAGCAUCACGACUUCUUUCUUGAUAAAUGUCUGAGAGGAUGCUUUCUUCUUUUACCUGAUGUCCUCAAGAAGUUGAAAUCAGUGUGCCUGCAAUAUGCUGCAGCCACACAGUGGCUAAUAUCAUCGUCUGUUGACAUCAAUAGCCAGUCUCAGAAGACAAUGAUAAGAGACACAACCGUCACAGAGUCCAUAUUCAAUUUCGAAAGGGAGUUCAACUCGGAGUUGCAGAGCUUAGGACCAGUGUUGAGCAAAGGCUCUCAGGCUGAGCCAUACUUGACUCAUCUCUCCCAGUGCAUCCUUGGUGUUUCUAAAGAUUGAGAGAGUGAGACCUGUACUAAACAAACUCAGGCAUUUCAUGUUUUUAAUGUUUUAGCAAUUGAUAUUCAGCUUGAAUUUUUUAUGAGAUGUGGUGUGAUUAGUCUUUUGUA